AUGGCAGAUAACGGGUUCAAUACCACAUACAAUGUUGAGGCCCAAGGAAAUCAGCCCCAGCACGAAGAUUCCAUCAGUGAUACCCACAACGAGGGGAAUGAGGCCACGCCAGUUCAUGGCGGGCAAUAUCCACUAUAUGUUCGAGUGGCAACCCAUGACGUUGCUGAAGAUGAGCACGUCAUACAAAUAAAGUUGAAAGAAAGUUUGCUCGAGUUCCAGGCAACAACUUGGGCGGAUAUUCACAACUGGUACGAGUCAAAUAUAAGGAUUGAGGAUGAUCAGCUCGGUUUCCCGGCGUUGGACAAGGGUCAGGACCGGGAAAGGAAUAAAGAAAAAUCAAAUGAUGAUUUUGACAUAGUUGGCGGCAAAGGUUUGCGGCUUUUCGAAUACAACUUUAACGUCAGCGUAGUGGAGCUGGUGUCGGCUAACAAAAACAUUAAAGAAGCAUGGUUCCCGAAGUCAAUGAGAUUCGAUCCCAUCCAAAGGGAUCCUAAUUUGUGGUGCAAAUACCACGGGACAAUCGGUCACCAGACUGGCGACUGUCGGCAUCUGCACGAAGAGGUGGCAACAUUGCUGAAAAAUGGCCAUCUCAGGGAAUUUUUGAGUGAUCGAGCUAAAAACAAUUACGGCCGCAGUCACGAUAACAUGGAGCCUUCAAAAGUAGGAGAGGAUCCUCCACGUUUGACGAUCAAUAUGAUUUUUGGGGGGAACGAGAUUAAUGGUGUGAUAUUUUCAGCGACAAAAAAGACAAAGGUGUCGGUUACACACAACAAGAGACUCCGGGAAGUCACCGAGGAUGACAUAACUUUUAUAGAGGAAGACGCGGACGGCGUGUUGCUACCGCAUAAUGACGCCCUGGUAAUCUCUCUAAAUGUCUUAGAUUUUAAAAUUAAACAUGUUCUGGUGGACCCUGGAAGUUUGGCCAAUAUUAUCCAAUGGAGAGUGUUCGAGCAAUCUAAUCUCACCGGAAGUAUCAUUCCGGCCAUGAAACUUCUUGUCGGGUUAAAUCUGGCAAGCGCGACAACCCGGGGAGAUAUCCUACUGCCCAAGAAUGCCGAAGGGGUUAUGAAGAUGACCCUUUCCGAGGUAGUAGACGGCGAUAUGGGUUACAAUAUCAUCCUGGGGAGACCAUGGUUGCACGAGAUGAAGAGAUUAGAAGCAGCUAAAGGUAAAUGGCCCGAAGAGCUGCCAGGUGUACUAUGGGUGUAUGGCCAAAUCGAGCAUGAGGGAGACGCCUUUCUCUCUCGUGCACGGGGCAGAAGCCCUGAUCCUGGUGGAAGUAGGAGAACCUACCCUAAGAUAUUUUCGGGCAAACAAAGAAGAAAACAAUGA